AUGAUGUCCUUGUGCCAAGACACAGACGCCGAAGUUCGCAAAUGCAUGUGUAUUCAACUAGACGGACUCGCUCGGGCAGUGGGAGAGGAACACGCUUGCAAGGAGUUAUUACCAGAGCUGUUAGAGUUGCUAAACGACGAAGAAGAACAGGUCAAGCAAAUAGCGUUUCUCGCCCUCUUGUCAUUAUUCGACUUUUUCCCUGCUCGGGAUCGCACCAAACAGAUAAUUCCAGAAUUUAUCGGGAUUGCCGAGUCGCUUCCUGACUACCUCGUUCCAUUGCUAGCCGAGCAGUACGGCCAGCUCGUCACAAAGCUAGCCACACUGAAUCAUGUCGGAAACGAUACAGGCCAAGUGUUUCUGCAAGGUUAUUCGAAGCUUUGCUCUCAUGAAGAACAGGAAAUACGGCAAUACUGCGCGUAUAAUUUCCCUGCCAUCGUAAAAGCUUUUGGAUCGACGUAUAUAUCCACUUUGAUGGACGAUUUGCUAGCCAAGCUGGCGAGUGAUCCAAGUGAAGAGGUUCGGCAUCACAUCGCUGCUGGAAUCCAUGAAGUCGCUCUACUGUUAGGACAGCACCGAGCGAUGCGGUACCUGAAGGUGUUAGUGCUGAGUUUGAUGAACGAUGAAUCACCGGUUGUUCAGGGAAUGGCAAUUUCUCGAGUACCACAACUGCUGCCUGCCAUGAUAAACCCCAGCGACGAGGACCAAAAGACUGCUAUCCUGGAUUCGAUUAUCAAAUCGGUCGCUGAAUACCACACGAUUCUACCAUCAAGCCGUAAUCGAGACCAGCUUGUAUUUCUUGAAACGUUGCAAAGUUUUCCGUCCUGGUUUUCGUCCACGCAAAUGUACGAGAUGGUGAUACCAAUAAUUUUUGAUUUCAUCGAAGAUGGUGCUCGUCCAGUCCAGUUGCUUGCAAUGCAAGUAGUACUCAAAUGCAUUCGGUAUAACGACACCGCCAGCCAUCGAUAUUCCUUGCUUAGCAGACUCCGAACGGAGUAUGGUCACUCCAAAAGCUACUGGCGUCGGAUUCUCUACCUCGACGCAUGUGUCUAUGCUUUGACGGUGAAUAGUCGACUCUAUUGCCAGCGCAAUUUCCUCGAGGUAGCAAUUGAUCUCCUAGACGACCCUGUGCCUAAUGUACGAUGGAAGGCGAUAUCACUGGUACCGAUGUGGAAAAAUGCGCUUUGUUAUUUAUCGGACGAGAAGUGUCUCGACCGGAUCCGACAGUUCUUGGACGAAUCGACCAUUGAUAGUGACCGAGAUGUUGCGAAUGCCCUUCAAGAGACUCGCCAAAUUGUCGAGGCGAAUAGCAUCAAUGGUCAAGGCAAGAAGCGGAAGUUGUACCAGCGUGUGGCCGUGGCAUACUCACACAAGCAAGAUGUUCUUAAUUUCAACGAAAGCCACUCCCUUGACGAUACGAUUGAACACUUCUAUGGAAAGUUAGACGGAAAAGCACUUCGAGCUCGAAAAAAACAAAUCAACAAAUGGAUAAAACAGAGUUCCACUAUUCGGGCCGCCUGUGCUUCAGGGCGUGGGCGUCACCAAAACUUGCGCGCACUUGGGGAGGCUACUGUGCUUCCAAAGGAGGCUGAAGCUGCCAUCGUCGUUUGGCUGAACACGUUGCGGAAAGACGGAGCCCCGGUUUCCCGCUGAUGCUGCAGCUCCAAGCAAAAGAGGUUGCCGAUGAGAUUGGCCUCGGUGACAAAUUCGCUGCGACCGCC